AUGCCCCCCAAGAAACAGGCUCAGGCCAGGGGCAGCAAAAAGGCGGAGCAGAAAAAGGAGAAGAUUAUUGAAGACAAAACUUUUGGUCUAAAGAAUAAGAAAGGAGCAAAGCAACAGAAGUUUAUUAAGGCUGUCACUCAUCAAGUUAAGUUUGGCCAACAAAAUCCACGUCAGGUAGCACAAAGUGAGGCUGAAAAGAAAUUGAAGAAAGAUGACAAGAAGAAAGAAUUGCAGGAACUAAAUGAGCUAUUCAAACCCGUAGUUGCUGCUCAAAAAAUAAGUAAAGGUGCAGAUCCCAAAUCCGUGGUGUGUGCAUUCUUUAAGCAAGGACAGUGUACUAAAGGAGAUAAGUGUAAGUUCUCUCAUGACUUGACUCUGGAGAGAAAGUGUGAAAAGCGAAGUGUUUACAUUGAUGCAAGAGAUGAAGAACUUGAAAAAGAUACUAUGGAUAAUUGGGAUGAGAAAAAGCUGGAAGAAGUAGUGAACAAGAAGCACGGUGAGGCGGAAAAGAAAAAACCAAAAACUCAAAUAGUGUGCAAGCAUUUCCUCGAAGCUAUUGAAAACAAGAAGUAUGGCUGGUUUUGGGUAUGCCCUGGAGGUGGUGAUAUUUGCAUGUAUCGUCAUGCACUUCCUCCUGGAUUUGUAUUGAAAAAAGAUAAAAAAAAAAAAGAAGAGAAAGAAGAUAAAAUUUCAUUAGAAGAUCUUAUUGAAAGAGAGCAUUCUGCCCUAGGUCCAAAUGUUACCAAAAUCACUCUAGAAUCUUUUCUUGCAUGGAAGAAAAGAAAAAGACAAGAAAAGAUUGAUAAACUUGAGCAAGAUAUGGAAAGAAGAAAAGCAGACUUCAAGGCAGGGAAGGCGUUAGUGAUUAGUGGUCGUGAGGUUGAACUGGUUGAUGAUGAGGAGGAGGAAGCAGAUGAUACCUGUUACACCCAAGGAACAGGUGGUGAUGAGGUUGAUGAUUCUGUGAGUGUAAAUGACAUAGAUUUAAGCCUGUAUAUCCCAAGAGAUGUAUAUGAGACAGGUAUUACUGUAGCCAGUCUUGAAAGAUUCAGCACAUACACUUCAGAAAAGGAUGAAAACAAAUUAAGUGAAGCUUCUGGAGGUAGGGCUGAAAAUGGUGAAAGAAGUGAUUUGGAAGAGGACAACGAAGGGGAGGGACAGGAAAAUGGAGCCAUCGAUGCUGUUCCUGUUGAUGAAAAUCUUUUUACUGGGGAAGAUUUGGAUGAACUAGAAGAAGAAUUAAACAUACUUGAUUUGGAAGAAUGACACCAGACAAGUCUGAAAAAAUUAAGCCAGCUCAGCAUGAGUUGAAAUUGACUCCAGUAAUUUUUUUCCACCUAGAAUUCUUCAACAGGAUGUUUAUUUCCCAUGCUGAUUCUGGAGGGCUUACUCUCCUCCAAAAAAGGAAUAUUCUCCCUACGUCUUG